CCUAGUAAACAUGUAAUUACCUCAGUGAAGGAAGAAUAAUAGUAGUUCUAAUAAGAAUCGAGAUGCCGGUGCGAAGAGAAGAACUGAAGAAGGCAUAGUAAGGAUGAGUAGCGGCAACAGGAACGGACCUCCAAAGCAUCAGAACAAGUACGCUUGGAAACCCAAUGCUGGCCGCAAGAUCAACGAAACUGAGCCUGGAGGAAGGUUCAGACCUCUCUCUGAGAUCACUGGGGUGUGUCCCCGUUGCAAGGAGCAAAUCGAUUGGAAACGCCGGUACGGCAAGUACAAACAGUUAUUUCAACCUGCCAAAUGUCAGAAAUGUUCCAAGCGUAAUGUUCGCCAAGCAUACCACAACUUGUGUUCUGGUUGUGCCAAGGAGCAUGGUGUGUGCGCAAAGUGUUGUUGCGGUCGAAACCGAAUUGUUGGAAGGGAUAUUUCAGAAGUUGAGGCCGAGCAAAAGAUGCUUGAGGAGGCCAUUAAGAACUCCCGGGAGAGAGAAAGGAGAUCCCUAUUGCGUGCUAUGAACAAAGGAAAAUCUAAGAGUUCAGAUAGUGCCCCAACAGAUACUAAAGGUAAUAAAGUUGGACAAUUAUUUCCAAAUGCGUCAAUUGAAGACUAUGCCAAACUGAACAGAGUUAACAUGGAGCACAAUGAUGGUGAAAUUUGUGAUAAAAAUGAGGAUAGUGAGAGCGAAGUUUGUGAAGAUGAAUAUAAUAACAGUGACAAUGAAGAUUGUGAUGAUGACGAUGAUUAUAAUGACAAUGAAGAUUGUGAUGAGGAUGACGACAUCAAUGAUGAAAAAAAUGUUCCUGAUCAUACCAGUUCCAAAAAUGAAUGAUUCAGACAUGAGUAUGUCAGUUUCCAAUAGAAAUUCAAAUUACAAUACUUGUUUUGUCGCAGUCUGUUUUGGGUAUACCUGGUGAGUUUUAGGUUAGAGAUAUUUGGUGUUGAAUACAAAUUUUGGAUAAGUUAUGUCUUUAUUUUGUCAAUCACUAAGUAAACCAAAACAAGAUAUCAUGUGUCUAGUGUCAUGUACUCUUUUAGAGUUUAGAUGAAAUAUGCUCUUGUUCAC